UUUUCACAACAGGAAAAACCCAGCAGAUUGACCAAAAGGGGACUUCGGCACAAUCAGAAUGGCGGAGGACAUCCAUGCAUUGACUUAAAAUUCGUUCAAAAUGUUUCGGAAUAUACCCAUCAUCAAAGCUACAAUAGAUCUGUGUAACUCGAGCUCGCAGAUUAUUCAGGACUAUGUUCCAAAUGGACACCCUACUUUGUUUGUCAACAGUGUCUGACUCAUUGAAUAUGGAAAGGGGGCCAGCAGAUGGUGGACAAACAAAGGCUGGGUCCAGGGACUCCCUCUCUGCCCCCGACCCAAACCAGGAAGCAGAGUUGAGUAGCAUGGCCAUGGUGUGGUCCAUCCAAGAGGCGGUGGAGCGGCAGACCCUGCAGAUUGGCGUUUCGGCUUGCGGUGCCACAGCAGUGGUGGACGUCCUGCAGGCUCUGGGCAUCACCGUGGCAGCUGAGUUGGUGGACGGCUGCGUUAGGACACGCCUGCGGCGGAAUGAAUCCCCUCUGCCAGACUACCUGCACUCACGGAGUGAAGCAGGUGCCACCCACCAGCAGCUGAUAGCUGGCGCAGAGCAGGCCAGUGAUGGCAUGGUGCUGGGUCGAUUCUUCUCCCUGCACCCCCAGCGCAAACUGAGACUGGCGCCCUGGCUGGCCAGUUGGAUCCGCAGGGGCGCUGUGCCCGUGGCCACCAUGAACAUGCAGCGGGCAGUGCCCGCUGGAGAGGAGACACCUGAUGCCUGGCACCACCAGCUGAUAUUCGGGGUGGGACCCAAUGCUGUGUUUAUGACCAAUCCUCUAGAUGUCGUAAGUGAGGGGGAGGUGCAUGAGCGUCUCUGCAGUGAGUCAGUCCUUCUGAUUCGCAGAGAAGAUGUGCUGCAGAGAUUGACAAGUGAUAUCCCUCUGUCAGCAAUCUCAGAUCACCCUGACCCACGGUGGAAAGGUCUCGAUGUGGAAGGUCAGGUGAAGCAGAUGGUCACUGAGGAAGAUCUGAGUGAUGAAGAACACUCUAAAAGGACACAUAUUGUGAUCCCUGCUGCUUACAAGUCUGGCAUCACACUAUUCGCCCUCAGAGACUCUGAAGUCGGGUGCAGUCUGCUCCAGGCCCCUGAUCUCCCUAUGCAAUGAUCGGACAAUCUUGCUCUUCAUUAAAUGUGGCACAGUGAUGACUUUACCUUUGUGACAUUUACUAUCUGUGACAUUUCAAUUUUUGCCAGUGAUGUUAAGAGGUCAGUGGGGCUUGCUAAAUGUGCCGUACAUAUACUGUGUUUGACAUGCCAUUAAAGAGAAUGUUAAUAAUAACUUAUUUA